AUGCUCAACACACCUGACCUCCAGCCUCCACUACCUGACAUCCAGUCUGCACAGCCUGACCUCCGCUCCACACAGAGUGACCUCCAGUCUGCACAGCCUGACCUCCAGUCUGCACAGCCUGACCUAUACUCAACACAGCCUGACCUCCAGUCUGCACAGCCUGACCUCCGCUCAACACAGCCUGACCUCCAGCCUCCACUGCCUGACAUCCAUGCCCUCACUGCACCCUUGUUCUAUACAAAAAAAAAUUUGGCUCUACACAUACAAAGUCAACAUGGCCUACCAAAAGACAUAACAGCAAAGUCACACCUAAAAGGUACAUGUGUAGACCAAAGCAAAGGCCUGUAUGCAGUCAGAAAAACGUCUUGCGGUUUUUCUGUCCCAAUACAUGUACAGAGAAAAACAUGGGGCCAGACAAAAGUUACAAGGUGUGAGAUGGAGGACUGCCGGCAAUACCACCUGCUCGCCCAGCGGAGUGGCCUCACUCAUAGCACCUGUCACCACAUCAGGUCCAUAGAGUACUGCAACACCUCUGCCACCGAGGUACCACUUCAACAGCAGGUCCUAGACGAAAUGCUCUUAAGCAAAUUUUUUAAUGACUCCAAGGUGGCAGUGUGUAAACACAGACAAAAAGAAGCAGAGAAUGCUCAGGCCCCCCUGUGUGUGUUGGUGGAACUUGAUGGUUCUAAAAGCAAUAUUUGCCUUUCAAUCCAUGAACCAAGGCUACACCACUACAGCACCUUGGGCAGGGUAAUAGUAACCUACAACAGAAAAAAGAACACCUGGCAUUGUCCCUGUGCAAAGGCACGCACAUCUUGUCCUCAUAAACAUAUUGCGAAGUGGCACCUUUUUCAGACAGAAAAACACCUUUUCAUGACUGCAACACCAACAACAGCAUCACCACCAUCAACUCCUCUUACCACAGAGAUGGAAAGAACUGUGAGGUAUGUGUAUGGGAGCAAAAAAUACCUGCCACUCUUCCUGAAGAGGUCACAGCUCAGACAUUACCCUCAGCAGUUGUUUCCGACUGAAACAACUUGCCAGUUGUGUCCAGAGAACCCUAACUUAGAGGAGGCUGUGCGAGUCACCAGCAAAGCUAAAAUAGUUGGCAUGGAAGGUGUCACACAAAACAUUUCAACUUACAGAAGAAGGUGCACCAAAUGCCAAAUGAUGUACAGGUACCAGGAGUGGACAGAUGGCCUGCACAACUACAAUGACCGCGUCAUCCUGACGCUGCAGCUGUGUCAGUAUUUAAGACACAAUCUUCAGAAUCAUGUGUCUGUGUCCCGAGUCAUCAAUUCUCUUGAGACUUUGUUAAAGAUGAAGUUUCCAGCCAAUGAGUUAAUUUUUCAUGGAUACUGCCAAUUUGAGGCACUCUGCAACACAGAGUACAAAUACUCUUGUGUAAAUUGAAAGGAGUGUUCAAUUUUGAG